AUCAGCCGUGCAUUAGGGUUUUCGCGUACGCUGAAGCAGAGGCUGUUCGAUCGUUCUGCGUUGGAAGUUCGUAUUUUCUGUGAAGUUUUGAGAGCGAUCUUGACGGAGAUGGCUCCAUCCCCCGAACCAAACAGCGUUGGCGGUGGUGCCAAGCGUACGGUGAAGGUUCCUUCAAAGGAUCCCAAGAAGAAGGAGGAGGACCUGUCCGAAGAGGAUUUGCAACUAAAGCAGAAUGUGGAGCUCUACGUUGAAAUGGUUCAGGAUCCGAAUCCUGAAUUGCAGAAGGUUGCUCUUGAGAGCAUGAGACGGGAAAUUCGAGCAGCAACGAGCUCGAUGACUUCAGUUCCUAAACCACUCAAGUUCCUUCGCCCCCAUUAUGGAACUUUGAAGGCAUUUCAUGAAGAAAUGGUUGAUUCCGAUCUGAACAUAUGUAGUCAGAAAUGCUUAGCAGAUAUACUCUCUGUUCUGGCCCUGACCAUGUCUGCUGAGGGUGAACGCGAAAGCUUAAGAUAUAGGUUGAUGGGAUCAGAGGGUGACAUUGGCUCAUGGGGCCACGCGUAUGUCAGAAAUUUGUCUGGAGAGAUUGCACGAGUGUAUAUGAAGCGUAAGUUGGAAGAAGCCCCUAAUGAUGAUUUAAUGGAGCUUGUGCAACAAAUAGUUGCUUUUCACAUGAAACAUAAUGCAGAAGCUGAAGCUGUUGACCUUUUGAUUGAUGUUGAGGAAUUUGAUCUCUUGCUUGAGCAUGUAGACAGCACAAAUUUCAAGCGAACAUGCCUGUACCUCACUAGUGCUGCAAAAUAUCUCCGUGAUCCAGAUGACUUCUUGGUUCUAGAUAUUGCUUACAGGAUCUACAUGAAGUAUGAAGAAUACCCAAAUGCCUUGCAGAUUGCGUUGUUUCUAGAUAAUAUGGAGUAUGUGAAGCUAGUAUUCACCUCGUGUAGAGAUUUGCUGAGAAAGAAACAGUUCUGCUACGUGAUUGCCCGGCAUGGUAUCAUUUUUGAGCUUGACGCUGAGAUGGUUGCAGACGACGACGAAAGAGAGGCCCUGCAGGAUAUUGUUAACAACACAAAAUUGAGUGAAGGAUAUCUAACUCUGGCGCAGGAUAUUGAGGUUAUGGAGGCCAAAACCCCCGAAGAUGUAUAUAAGGCUCAUUUGCUUGAUAGGAGGGCUAGUAUAGGGGCGACUGCUGAUUCUGCUAGACAGAAUUUGGCCGCAACCUUUGUGAAUGCAUUUGUAAAUGCUGGUUUUGGCCAGGACAAAUUAAUGACAGUACCAUCGUAUGCAAAAUGGAUCUCCAAACAUAAAGAGCAUGGAAAGACCAGUGCUGCUGCUAGUUUGGGAAUGAUUCUGCUGUGGGAUGUGGACUCUGGACUUGCUCAAAUUGAUAAAUAUUUCUAUAGCAAUGACAAUCACGUCAUUGCUGGAGCACUGCUGGGAAUUGGCAUUGUUAAUUGUGGCAUCAAGAAUGAUUGUGAUCCUGCAUUGGCUCUUAUUGAUGACUACUUAGACAAGGAGGAACCAUCUAUCCGAAUUGGUGCUAUCAUAGGUCUCGGAAUGGCAUACGCUGGUUCACAGAAUGAACAGUUAAGAGGCAGAUUGUCUCUGAUAAUGCAUGAUGCAAAAGCAACUCUUGAUGUCAUAUGUUUUGCUGCACUUUCUUUGGGAAUGAUAUUUGUCGGUUCCUGCAAUGAUGAAGUUGCUCAAUUAAUUAUAUUUGCUUUGACGGAUCGAGGUGAGGCAGAAUUUGGUGAAGCCGUUACUCGUUUCUUGCCUCUUGGGCUUGGUCUUUUAUACCUUGGCAGACAGAAAAAAGUGAGGGCUACAGCAGAAGAUUCAAAGGCAUUCAGCGAGAAGAUUAGAAAGUAUUGUGAUAUGACACUUCUAUCCUGUGCAUAUGCCGGAACAGGGAACGUGCUUAAGGUCCAAGACCUUCUGGAUCAAUGUGGAGAGCAUCUUGAGAAGAGCGAAAUUCACCAGGGGCCAGCUGUGCUUGGACUUGCUAUGGUUGCUAUGUCUGAAGAAAUAGGUCUUGAAAUGGAAAUCCGUUCUUUGGAGCAUGUGCUGCAGUAUGGAGAACAGAACAUUCGUCGUGCUGUGCCUUUGGCUCUCGGUCUCCUGUGUAUAUCAAACCCCAAGGUGAAUGUGAUGGGCACGUUGAGCCGCCUUAGCCAUGACACGGAUUCGGAAGUUGCCAUGGCCGCAGUCAUUUCCCUGGGAUUGAUUGGUGCUGGAACUAACAAUGGACGGAUAGCUGGCAUGCUUCGGAACCUGUCCAGCUAUUAUUACAAGGAUCCCAGCCUUCUCUUCUGCGUGCGUAUUGCUCAAGGUCUGGUGUAUAUGGGAAAGGGGCUUUUGACUCUUAGCCCCUUCCACUCUGAACGUUUCUUGCUGUCACCAACCGCACUUGCUGGUAUUGUUACAUUCUUGCAUGCGUGCUUGGACAUAAAAUCCAUCAUACUCGGGAAAUACCACUAUGUGCUGUACUUCCUUGUUUUGGCAAUGCGGCCGAGGAUGAUGAUGACUGUGGACGAGGACCUCAAGCCCAUCUCAGUUCCGGUCCGUGUUGGACAAGCUGUGGAUGUGGUUGGUCAGGCAGGUCGACCAAAGACCAUAACUGGUUUCCAGACACACUCGACGCCAGUUCUCCUGGCUGCAGGCGAGAGAGCCGAACUGGCAACGGAGAAGUAUAUUCCACUGUCGCCUAUAUUAGAAGGGUUCAUCAUUUUGAAGGAGAAUCCAGACUACAGGGAGGAGAGAGAGAGAGGCGAUACACACAUGGGUUAGAGAAGAGAUUGUAGGGGAGGAAGGAAGGGAGUGAGUUUUGAAAGAGAAGUUCUUGGCCUGAAUAUUUCAUGAUGUUUCCCAAGUUAAAAACUGGAGAAAGCACAAAAGGAGAAGGGAGAGUGACGAAUGAGAGAGGCAUAGGCUUUUGUUUUCAUGUUGAUAGAUAUUAGAGAAGGCAAUAAGAAGAUUCGUUUCAGGUUAUCCAUGUCGGUUAUAUCUCCUUCAGUUUCUUUGAUCGGAUGAGCUGAUAUUGGUCCUCACCGCCUGAAUACUUCAACAGAACCUCACUGAGACUGAGGCCAAGAU